UUUACCUUAGGCUACCACUCCUCCAACCCCUGUUGUUGUGUUCUAAAGAAUGCUCUCGUUGACGUUCUUUCUUUUUUUAUGCUGACACUUUUGUGUACUUAUUCAGCGUCUUUUUCUGUUUUUAUUCUAAAACAAGUUCUCUGUCCUAAAAGACCAAAGAAAUAAUCAAGGGGAACACAGGAUAGAAUGUGGCAAGACAAAUCAUCUCUGCUCUUGUUGAUUAUUGUAUUUAUGAUAGGCCAGGGGUUCCAGACAUCUUUCAGACCUCAGAACUGUACACUGCAGUGUGUUUGCCAGGGAUCCCCAGGAUGUGAGUAUUGCAGAAUCAGCAAAGGUGAUGUUGAAACUACACUUGGAGUCACCUCUGCUGGUCUCUUUGCACAAGAAAGAUGCCUAGGGUUCCUGCUCACCUGCGUGAACAUGCCAUAGACCUGCUGCAGGGAGGCAUGAGGACUGCAGAUGUGUCCAGAGCAAUAAACUGCAAUGUCUGUAAUGUAAGACGUCUGAGACGGUGCUACAGAGAGACAGGAAGGACAGCUGAUCGUCCUCGCAGUGGAAAAUUACAUGUAACCAUGUGUCCUCCCGAGAUGUGUUCGAGAACUUGCAAAUGCCUUGGUGGAAGAGUGGGGUAACAUCUCACAGCAAGAACUGACCAAUCCAUGUGGAGUCCACAUCCACUGUGCAGUCCAUGAGGAUGAGAUGCACUGUAGUGCUUAAAGCAGCUGGAGAACACCAGAUACUGACUGUUACUUUUAAUAUUGACCCCCCCUUUGUUCAGGGAUUCAUUUAUUCCAUUUCUGUUCUUCAAAUGUCUGUGAAACUUGUUCAGUUUAUUUUUCAGUUGUUGAAUGUUUUUAUAUUAAUACAAAUAUUUACACAUAUUAAGAAAUUUGCUGGGGGAAAAAAGCAGUUGAAUGUUAGACGUUUAUUUUUUUUUGCUGAGUGUAUAUUUAGCUGUUCCAUUAAGGUACAGGGAUAGCAGUUCAAAACCAGGUUUCUUUUACAGGCAUGGAAAGCUUGUAUAUGUCUGAAAUAUAAAGGAGACACUUAAUUCCAGACAUAUAAAAGCACAAAAAAAGAAAGUGUUUUGGAUAAAAGUGUAGAUAUUCAUUUAUCAAAGUAAUAUAGAGCCAGAGACACUAGGGGUAUAAAUCCAUUGGCUCCAGACAUUUUAUAAAUUUUUUGCAGAUUGACAUUUUGAUUUCCUUUUUCAUGAUGCAUAACUUACCCUUUAGAAAUACCAGGAAGUGUGCACAUAAAAGUCUGGAAAAUUAAAAGGCUUUUUUUUCAUAAGGUAAAUGCAAGAAUAUUGAAAAAAGUAGUGGGCUGUAGGUGUAGCCUGUUUCUGUAUAUGCAACCUGUAGACCAUUGUUGUAUAUUUUCCUGCAGUGCUGACACUUUGCUUUGGGCCAGGUUGUAUGCCAUGGCUGUGUCAUUCUUUUUUAGGUCUGCAGAAUCCUGAGAUCUGCCAGCAUUAUGUGCAUGCUCCACAGAAUGUCACCAUUGAGUUUAUGGAAAGUCAGAAUCCUAAGUAUGAUACUGUUGUUGUGUCUUGGAGGCCUAGCCAAUACGGUAUUGUUUUUUUGCGUGGUUUCCUAGUUUCCCUCCAGACUUUAGGUGGCACUCAGAUCACAUGUCAGCUCUUCCUCCUUCAUAACAAUAUGUCACUCUCCGCUGUGCAUGCUCAAAGGGUGUAUUACUCCGAUCCUUUCACAGAUCUCUCUCUGGGUACCCAGUACGCUGUGACUGUGAUGGCCCUUCCAGUUCCUGAGAUCUGGGACAAAUUUUAUCAUAGCAAAUUGUUCUUCACACGCUCGUGUCCUGAGAAAAAUGGCUUGGAGCACUGCAAAACAGACUGGUAUCCCAGAUAUCUAGAAGUCCACAAGGACAACAAGGAUAUUGCUGUGACUUUUAACUUGGCACCUAAGGAUUUGGAAAUCAAUCGCUAUUUAUUAUCAUGCUAUGGAGGGGGCUCACGCAGCUUUGAAAUUAUUCAACCAGACUUCACUGUAAACAGCACUUAUCAUACAUACCGUUUGCUCAAUCUCCACACAGAGACCAACUACACUUGUGAGAUUGCAGCAGAUAUUGUGGAUGCUGUUAGGAAAACUUUCUUUGUUCAAGUACAGCACAAUGUAAAAGAGCCUUUAACUUUACACAAGGAGGUUGUCUCUUUAGCAGUACUCUUCUCUGUGGGUGUUCUACUAGCAGCCUCCUUAACUUUCAUCUUUGCUAUUCACUGGCAGAAAAAACAGAAGAAAAAGUCAGCAAAGACUGAGAUUCCAUCAGACAUAACUGAGGAAUAUUAUGAUGACUAUACAGAGCAUCAGUUUCUACCAGUAGCCAACAAGCCCAAUCCUCCGCGACUCCUGAUUUGCUACUCAAGCAGUGACGGUUCUGCCCAUGUAAAGGUUGUCUUGCAAUUGGCAACGUUUGUGCAAAAGCAUAUGGCUACUGAGGUACAUUUGGAUAUGUGGGAUGCCUUAAGUAUGACCGAGGAGGGAGAUUUGGGGUGGUAUUGCAGGAAGAUAAAGGAGAGUGACUUUGUGCUCGUCAUCUGCUCCAAGAGUCUCAACAAGAGACAGCAUAAACACAGAGAAGAAGAAGUGGACCAAAAGACAAAUACCUCUUUAGCCAUUAUAGCCAUAAUUGGAGAAGAGAUAUUACGUGCCAAAUCUCUAGGUCAGGACCUCUCCAAAUACAUGACUGCCAUUUUUGAGUAUUCAAAGAAGUCAGACAUCCCCACCAUGUUAAGUUUGGCCUCUCAUUAUACUCUUCCAAAGGAUUUGCCACUGCUCUUCUCUCAUCUCCAUGGAGUGGCUUUACAGAAGCCUGGAGGUUACCUACUGAUAGAAAACAUCUCACAGAAUGGCUACUCUAAGCUCCCAGCUGGUGCAGCAUUACUACUUGCUAUUGAAGACGCACGGAUACUGAUCUCUGGUUUGUAACCAUCUGGAAAGAUAAUUGAAGAUCUGGGCAUAACAAAACUACUUGAGAUAAUCGGACACAAGACCCAAUUCUGACCUGCUUAUCGUGUAGGUUUUUCUAUUCAAAUCAACCAAAGAAGUUGUAAGCCUAUCUGCACCUUAAAGGUUAUGGGGGUUAAAUAUUGCCAAGACAGUAUUGCUGAGAGAGACACUUCAUGUUUGACAAACUGUGGGUAUGCCAAACAGAUGAUGGUUAUAGACGGUUAUAGAGCUUAAUACCUGCGGCUUCUUUUAAGUUAUUUUUUAGAUUAAUCGGAUGGGGUGGGGCAAACUUUCAGUAGCAUUUUUUUUGUUUAUUGAAAGUAAAAUCCACCAACCGAGUGUUACAAAUAUAAACUUCAAAAUAAAACUUUACACAACUGUUUGUCCAAAACAGAAAAGAACCCAACACACACACCCCAGAACAUAUAUUAUUAAUUUAGGACUGUAGUUUAAUUCGGUGCUUUUUGUGUAUCCAUAAAAAUAAUGCA